AUGGCCUCGGGGGGGCCCGGGGAGCGGCUGUGCGAGGAGGCUAGGUGCCCAGUAUGCCUGGAUUUCCUGCAGAAACCGGUCAGUGUGGACUGCGGCCACAGCUUCUGCCUCAGAUGCAUCUCCGAGUUCUGCGAGAAGUGCGACAGUGCACAGAGCGGCCUCUAUGCCUGUCCGCAGUGCCGGAGUCCCUUCAGGCUGGAGAGCUUCCGCCCCAACAGGCAGCUGGCCAGCCUGGUGGACAGCGUGCGGCAGCUGGGGCUCGGCGCGGGGCCCUCGGGGGCGCGCCUGUGUGUGAGGCACGGCGAGGAGCUGAGCCGCUUCUGUGAGGAGGACCAGGAGGCUCUGUGCUGGGUCUGUGACACCACCCCAGAGCACAGGAGCCACCGCACAACACCGCUGCAGGAGGCCGCCAGGUGCUACCAGGUAAAGCUCCAGAUGGCCCAGGAACAUGUGAGGAAAGAGAUGGAGGAAGCCUUGACUCAGGAGGCCAGUGUGGGAAGGAAAACUGUCAUUUGGAAGGAGAAAGUGGAAACGCAGAGGCAACGCUUCAGGCUGGAGUUUGAAAAGUAUCGUGGUUUACUAGCCCUGGAGGAGCAACUGCAGCUUAGAAGACUGGAGGAGGAGGAGCGAGCCACCCUGCAGAGAUUGCGGGAGAGCAACAACCGGCUGGGUCAGCAGAGCAGGGCCUUGAAGGAUCUGGCAGAGGAGCUGGAGGAGAGGUGCCAGCGCCCAGCCCUGGGUCUGCUGGAGGGUGUGGGAGGAGCCUUGAGCCGAAGUAAGAGUGUCACACGGCUGGAUCUGGAGACCAUCCCCAUGGAGCUGAAGACAAUGUGUCGCAUCCCUGGGAUGAGGGAAAUGUUGAGAAAGUUCCAAGUUGACAUGAAACUGGAUCCCGCCACAGCACAUCCUAGCCUCCUCUUGACUGCUGACCUGCGCAGUGUGCAGGAUGGAGAACUAUGGAGGGAUGUCCCCAACAACCCUGAGCGAUUUGACACAUGGCCUUGUAUCCUGGGUUUGCAGAACUUCUCAUCAGGGAGGCAUUACUGGGAAGUCAUGGUGGGAGAAAGAGCAGAAUGGGGGUUAGGUGUCUGUCAAGACACAGUGUUAAGAAAGGGGGAAACCACACCAUCUCCUGAGAACGGAGUCUGGGCCAUGUGGCUACUGAAAGGGAGUGAGUACAUGGUCCUUGCCUCUCCAUCACUUCCUCUCCCCCACCUGGAACGGCCUCGCUGCAUUGGGAUUUUCUUGGACUAUGAAGCAGGUGAAAUCUCCUUUUACAACAUCACAGAUGGGUCUUAUAUUUACACGUUCAAUCACCUUUUCUCUGGUUUUCUUCGACCUUAUUUUUUCAUUUGUGACACGACUCCUCUUAUCUUACCACCUACGACAGAAGUGGAGUUAGAAAAUUGGGCAUCCAGGGGUCAUUUUCACCCUGCUUCUAACAUUAGAGACGAUCCUUCCUAAAAUUCUGUUGUUAAGAUACACCCCAAGCCUAGCAAA